ACACGACGUCCUGGAUGGCUUUCGUGGGCGCUUUCAUGUUCGCAUGCUUUGCCUCACCCCUUGAUCAGCUUUUCAGGAUUCACACCCACGGUCCACACAAGAAGCACGGAUACAGCGCUUGACAUACAGAGCCCCAAAAAUUUGUGGGGACGUAGCAGCCGGCCGGGGUUUUCUUGCAAACUUUUUGGCAUUUCGUUUGCGCAAUGGCGGGACCUACCGUCAUGCAGGCAGCGCAGGGACAACAUGGAGCUGCUGCUGCCAGCAACGAUGCGCAGAGCGAACAAAGGAGCCUGAUAGAGUUUGCUGCCAAGGCUGCAGAGACUUUUGCGUCUGCUUAUUACGCCGCUACAGACUCUCCACAGAGGCUAGGUCUCAUUCCUACUUUGUACUUGCCAAACUCGACGAUUGUGUGGAAUGGAACGCCCGUCAGUGGGAAGGACGAGUUGGUGCAGCUCUUGGCUGCCAUGCCGGGGUCAAAGCACGAGUUGCAGGCUUUUGACGCGCACCCAGUUGGAGGAGGCACGGAGAAUGGCGUUCGUCGGGCACCCUCAGUGAUGAUCACAGUGACGGGCGUAGUGACGCAUCACAUUCCAGGAUCAGCGUCUACCAUGGCUCCCACAAACGCGCCCAAAUCUGCGGGAGGAUCGAGCAUCAAAGACUUACCCUUGGAAGCCUUGCCGAGAACUUUCCAUCAAAGCUUCCUCUUGACACCUCAACCCACACAUGGCACCAACGCACCUGUCCCGGACGGAGGAGUCAAUUGUGCGACAGGUGACGGAGUUUGGGCUGCUAGACUUUUCGUACAGGCGGACAACUUCAGAUUCAUUGGCUGAAGACGGCGUCUAUGACCUCGACAAGAAGCGCCUUUUAGAAAGUUCGCCGCAGUG